AACGCUAUAUAUCUACCUUCGCCGUUAAAGACUAUAAAAAGUGCUAGAAAACUUACAAGCGUUCAGUUUAAGUAACGCAUUCAAAGAAAAAUGAGCCGCAUUUUACUGAUUACUUUAGCCUUAAUUACGGUGAUUCCGUUUUCUUAUGGAACUGGAACUGUUGGCGAAACUGAAAUCGAUCUAUCUUAUGAUUACGAACGUGAAACUGGCAAUGAACUUGGGGAGGAUCUUGAUUAUUAUUAUGAUACCAAUGAAACUGAUUUGGUAGUUUACCGACUCUUCACUAGGAAGAACCCAACAGAAUUUCAAGUAUUGAAACUUAACGAUUGGAAUUUGGUUGAAUCAUCAAAUUACAAUCCCAAUCUCCCAACCAAAAUUUAUGCCCCGGGUUGGGACAAUAACGGCUCCAUUGCCUAUCCAACAAGAGACGAAUACCUACUACGAGAAGACUGUAAUUUCAUCAUCGUCUAUUGGUCGGACCUCCAAGCCGGAAAUGGUCUGUUUGUCGUCCUCACCACGCAGGAAGCUGCCAAUCACACUGGAGCAUUCAUAAAUUUUUUGGUUGCCAAUGGGACACCUCUAAGUAAUUUUCACUUGAUGGGCCAUAGCGCUGGUACUCAUCUUGCUGGAGGAGCCGGAGCUAAUGUGUUAGCUGGAAAAGUACCCAGAAUCACUGGCUUAGAUCCAGCUAAAGGUGCGUGGACUUAUAACGACACAGCAACGCGAUUGGACAUCACGGAUGCUGAAUUUGUCGACAUCGUACACACGAACGGAGGAUCAAUUUUGGAAGGAGAAAUUGCUUUUUAUGAAGCUAUGGGUCAUGUUGAUUUCUAUGUAAAUGGAGGCCACAAACAACCUGGUUGUGAGGAUCCGGAUUAUACUUGCUGUCAUCACUGUCGUGCUGUUGAUUUAUUCGCUGAAUCCAUAAACACGGAAAUAGGCUUUGUGUCAGUACGUUGUGAUUCGUUCGAGGCAUAUCAGAAUGGAACGUGUGAUGGAAACGACCAGGAGCUCAUGGGAGACAAAGUUUCUUUAAGUGCACGCGGAACUUUUUAUUUGUCAACUAACGAACAAGCACCAUGGGCUAUGGGAUAAAAUCGGAUGGCAAUUUAUAUCUGCUGCAUCAGCCAAAUUUCAUUUGUGAAAUUAGUCUGUUGAACAAGACAGAUAACAUUAAUUUCUUAAUUCUUUUUCAAACACGAUUUUAUCUUCCUGUUGAUCCGGCUUACACGUGAUUAUAUUGUUAUUGUGUUGCAUGCUUAGUUUCAAAGU